UCAUUAUUACCCAUGGUGACGGAAGAGACAGCGUUUCUGAUUGGCUGUAUAGCUUGACGGACUGUCUGAAGCCAAUCAGAAUACAAGAGGCUUGUAGCUCACCGUAUAAGCGUAAAGAAGAAGAAGAAAGUGCUGCUCUUGUGUGAUAUCGCUGGGAACGUUCAGUAACGCUAACCGGUUAAUCUUCAACAUUAGCUGAAAUAUCUUUAUUUAUUAUUAGGAAUCCAGGUGGACCACAAUGGCUUCGGGAGGGGAAUCCAAAAAUGAUGAUCUAGCAACUGCAAUUCUUAAACAGAAGAGCAGACCCAACAGACUGAUUGUUGAUGAAUCCAUUAAUGAAGACAACAGUGUGGUCUCUCUUUCUCAGGCCAAGAUGGACGAGCUGCAGCUCUUUCGUGGAGACACGGUGCUAAUGAAAGGGAAAAAGAGACGAGAGACUGUGUGCAUUGUGCUUUCUGACGACUCCUGUUCUGAUGAAAAGGUUCGCAUGAACAGGGUUGUUCGGAACAAUCUGAGAGUUCGUCUAGGUGAUGUCAUCAGCAUUCAGCCUUGCCCUGAUGUGAAGUAUGGAAAGAGGAUUCAUGUUCUCCCAAUAGAUGACACGGUAGAAGGAAUCACAGGCAACCUGUUUGAGGUCUACCUGAAGCCAUACUUCUUGGAGGCUUACAGACCAAUCCGCAAAGGGGAUAUUUUCCUGGUUAGAGGAGGCAUGCGUGCUGUGGAGUUCAAAGUGGUAGAGACCGAUCCGUCCCCUUACUGCAUCGUUGCUCCUGACACAGUCAUUCACUGUGAGGGUGAGCCAAUCAGGAGAGAGGAUGAGGAAGAGUCCCUGAAUGAGGUGGGCUACGAUGACAUCGGAGGAGUCAGGAAGCAGUUGGCUCAGAUCAAAGAGAUGGUGGAGUUGCCGCUUAGACACCCUGCACUGUUUAAGGCCAUCGGAGUCAAGCCCCCGCGUGGUAUUCUUCUAUAUGGACCCCCUGGAACCGGAAAAACUUUGAUUGCCAGGGCUGUGGCCAAUGAAACAGGAGCUUUCUUCUUUCUAAUUAAUGGCCCUGAGAUCAUGAGCAAGCUGGCUGGAGAGAGUGAAAGUAAUUUAAGAAAGGCCUUUGAGGAAGCUGAGAAGAAUGCCCCUGCCAUCAUCUUUAUCGAUGAACUUGAUGCAAUCGCUCCAAAGAGGGAGAAGACUCAUGGAGAGGUGGAGAGGCGCAUCGUGUCUCAACUGCUGACUCUCAUGGACGGCCUGAAACAGAGAGCUCAUGUGAUCGUCAUGGCUGCUACCAACAGACCCAACAGCAUUGAUCCAGCUCUCAGAAGAUUUGGGCGUUUUGACAGAGAGGUCGACAUUGGCAUCCCUGAUGCAACUGGCAGGUUGGAGAUCCUGCAGAUUCACACCAAGAAUAUGAAACUGGCUGAAGAUGUCGACUUGGAACUGGUAGCCAAUGAGACCCACGGUCAUGUGGGAGCAGAUCUGGCUGCUCUCUGCUCCGAGGCUGCUCUGCAGGCAAUUAGGAAGAAGAUGGACCUGAUCGACCUGGAGGAUGAGACUAUUGAUGCUGAAGUCAUGAACUCUCUUGCUGUUACCAUGGAUGACUUCAAGUGGGCUCUAAGUCAGAGCAAUCCAUCUGCUCUGAGGGAGACGGUUGUUGAGGUUCCCAACAUCACCUGGGAUGAUAUUGGAGGUCUGGAGGAUGUCAAGAGGGAGCUUCAGGAGUUGGUGCAGUACCCCGUGGAGCAUCCAGACAAGUUCCUCAAGUUUGGCAUGACCCCAUCCAAGGGUGUGCUGUUCUAUGGUCCCCCUGGUUGUGGUAAAACUCUGCUGGCCAAAGCUAUUGCCAAUGAGUGCCAGGCAAACUUCAUCUCUAUCAAAGGACCAGAGCUGCUCACCAUGUGGUUCGGAGAAUCGGAGGCCAACGUCAGAGAGAUCUUUGACAAGGCUCGUCAGGCUGCCCCAUGUGUUCUGUUCUUUGAUGAGCUGGACUCCAUAGCCAAGGCUCGUGGCGGUAACGUGGGAGAUGGUGGUGGAGCUGCUGACCGUGUCAUCAACCAGAUUCUGACUGAGAUGGAUGGGAUGUCCAGCAAGAAGAAUGUGUUCAUCAUUGGAGCCACAAACAGACCAGACAUCAUUGACCCUGCCAUCCUAAGACCCGGCCGUCUCGAUCAGCUCAUCUACAUCCCCCUGCCUGACGAAAAGAGCAGGAUCAGCAUCCUGAAGGCCAAUCUCCGCAAGAGUCCCAUCAGCAAGGACGUGGACCUGGACUUCCUGGCUAAGAUGACCAAUGGCUUCUCGGGAGCUGAUCUCACAGAGAUCUGCCAGCGGGCGUGUAAACUUGCCAUCAGAGAGAGCAUUGAGAACGAGAUUCGCAGAGAGAGGGAGAGGCAGACAAACCCAUCAGCUAUGGAGGUGGAGGAGGACGAUCCUGUUCCAGAGAUCAGAAAGGACCACUUUGAAGAAGCAAUGCGAUUUGCUCGCCGUUCUGUCAGCGAUAAUGAUAUUCGCAAAUAUGAGAUGUUUGCUCAGACACUGCAGCAGAGCCGUGGCUUCGGCAGCUUCAGGUUUCCCUCCAGCGCUGCAGGUGGAAGUGGUCCAAGUCAUGGCUCAGGGGGAACUGGCAGUGGUCAGGUGUUCAGUGAAGAUAACGAUGAUGAUCUUUAUGGAUAAAAGUACACUGCCCCACAGUGGUCAGUCCUGGGAUCACACUUGUACAAAUUCUCACCCGAUUCCACAUUUUUAGGACUUUGUGCUUCUUUCAUGUGUUUCUUUUCUUUUUUUUUUUUUUUUUUUUUUUUUUUUUUGUAUAAUUUCCCCUUGGAGAAAGCAUGUUGCCACUUGGUUUGCCCUGACUUUCAUGUGGGUGGGGAAAUGGAAGAUGAGUGAGAAUUUUCCUAGAGACCGAUGGGGGAAUGGGGGUGGGCUGGUGUUUUGAGUGGCCUCAAUCUCGUUAUAUCAAAUUAAAAAAAACAAAAAAACAAAAUGACUAUAGUGAUGAGGUGUAAUGCUAGAGUCUGGGGAUAAACAUUGCUGAUGACUUUCUUUUUUAAAAAUAAACCGUAGCAUAUAACAUAUUAAAAAUUUGUCAAGGUUAUGUUGAAAAUAAAAUUUCACUGAAUGGA